AUGGCGUUGGACAAAGACAAGGACAAGACCCUCUCGACGGCCGAGAUAGAGGCCAUGCUCAAGCAAAGCGAGAAGCAGGAACAGGCGGCGCACAAGCGUGCCACGAAGGCGGCCAAGCGCUUCGCCAAACAUGAGCUCAGCAAGUUCACCUCGCCCAAGACCCAUGGCGCGGCCGAGGAAGAGGACUUCGCGACCGGGAUUCGCAAGCAGCUGGCCAACGUGGGCGGUUACCUGUACAAGCCGGACUACCAGCAUGCUCGCCUGAGGACGGAACCGCCGUGUAACCGACCCGAGCACUCGGAGUACACCAAGAAACAGAUGAGGGGGGAGAAAGAAGAGGAAGGGAAGCAGAAGGAGAGGGUCGAAGAUCCUGAGAUGAAGACGACGGGCGUGAAGGACUUUGCGCCUCACAGCGGCCCGAGUGCCAGUUCUGGCUUGUCGACGAAGAAGAAGGUCGACGAAGCAGCCGAGGCUAUCAUGCCAAACAUUCAGAGGCUGUCAUUGUUUGCAAACCUUGAAGAUUCUGAAAGUGAUGAAGACAGUGUCAUCUCCUCCGCGCCGAGCAAGGGCUCUGGUAAAGGUUCGCCUAUGACCGCCAUCCCCAAUGUUGGUCUGAGCAAGUUCAGCUCAAUCAUGGGAACCACCGCCGUCGAGUCGUCCACUUCUCCCAACGCGAACGCUUUCAAGUCCGGCCAGACCUCAUCUGCUAUACACAACGACAAGCCUACUGAAGUCAGCUCUGCUGCUCGAUCCCGUUCAUCAAGUGCUGGCCAGGGUACGAUAAAGCCUGUACAUGAAAAAACUGGAGAGCUCGAUUCAGCGGAGCGUGUUCAUCCAUGGCCGAAUCUCUGGUCCGCCUACGCGCAAAAGCCCCCCACUCUGGCCCCAAACCAGUGGUCCAUUAUCAACGCUAACCUGAAAACUCUGAAUGGACCGGAAAAUGGCAGGAUCAGCCCGUGCGACCAGGAGAAUCUUGAGGCUUAUAAUCAGGUCCAUGAAAUCUUGGAGGAAUCUUGGUUGGUGAUGACCGGCCAGGUCCCACCUGAUGGCAGCCUUGUCGCUCAAAAGAUUGUGAAGCCUAUGCUGCAGAAGGAGAAGCCCGACAUGGGAGCAAGGCUGAGAGUCUACGAAGAGAAACUGACGCUCCGAAGAACAGUGCUGAAGCUACCUGGAGAGGAGUGGAAGCGCCUGUCGGGCGAGUCUGACAAGUCGACAUCUUCUUCCAGCGCGCCGUCCAUGGGAACGCCAAUACCGCUCGCCAGCCCGCCAUUCAUGCCUUCCUCCCCUAUGGGAACGGGAAGUCCGCUUACUAGGUCCUUCAACAGCCCGUACACUGUAGGCCCUGAUGACUUCACAGAUUCUCCGACCUCACCCAACACAAGCAAACGCUCGUCUGUAUCAAACAUGCGGGACUCGACCCAGUCCGACCUUCAGAACUCGGUGGAUGAAGCUGACAGCAAGACCUCUUCGGCCCACUCAUCCUUCCGUGGCCAUCCGGGUGCUCAGACUCCCUCGAGGCGCAGUAGGUUGGCGUCAUUCACCAGUGCUCUUAAGGUAUCGAAGUCUCCCAAGAAGGGCUCUAAGUCACAGGACACCAGCGGCGCAGCCGGUCGAGACAUCGUAAUGACUCCCAUUGAUGCCCCACCUGUCCCGAUCAUCCCUGCGACCUUCAGUGCCCAGAACACUCCACAGACCUCGUUCGAUACCACUGCAUCUAGUACAGACACGCCACUCACCAACGCUAGUCCUCAAGUUCCGAGCCUGAAUAGGAAGGUUUCUAGGAGUUUUGGCGGAAACCCCAGCACGUCGAUGGCGGGUUUGAUGAGAAAGAAGUCCACGUCCUUUGACGGUACCCUUGGCCUUGGAAGCGGCGAGCAGCAGACGAAUCUGGAGUCUGCUGAUGCCACCAUGAACGCUCAACUACUUGCGGAGAAGAAACAGUCAGCUUCCUUCAGCGGCACAUCGACCACUGGCGUGAUGUCACCUGCGAUCCCGGACCUCAGCAUGUUCAGCCAGUCAGCAAGGACGCCGGCAACUCUAAGUUCUGCCGAUUUCUCAUUUGUUUCCGGAGCUGCCCGUUACACACCGAACGCUUCGAUGACGGAUCUGGGAGCCACCAAGCGUUCAAGGAAGCAUAGCCGCACCUCGUCUGGUGUCAGUAUGUCUAACAAUGCCAUCGAUGCUCACCUCGAUGAGCUCCUCAAUGAGUACAGGGCCUGGAUCGAUGGCAAAGAUGGACUCAUGGAUGACAAUAGCAGACGCUCGGAGCGACCUGAUGUCAAGGAGAUCCUCAAGCCGAUCGAUUACGAGGAAAUCCGCAAGCUCAAGCCUCGUGAGUUCGAGGCUAUGGCUAACGAAGUCAAGAAGAUCACGCACGCCGACCUGCGCGCCCAGGUUUUGAAGGAACAUCACGAUGCUCGCUUCCCGCCUGGUGUCCCUGGUCGCCCGGCGUCCUCGUUCGCUGCGCUCCCUUACCUUGCCCUCCGUAUUGCGCGCAAUGCCCUGGAUGUUGUCAACGAACAUUUUCUUCAUCAACUAAACUGUGACUACGAAAUCGAAAACCACCACUACUCUAAACGCGAGCGUGACUGGAGUGAGGCCUGUCCGGGUGCCGUGUAUCCCUACCCGGGCGUCUCUCGUCCUACGAAGAAAUCUUACCUCAGGGCGGGAUACGCUGCUGCCUGGGCGACGCGGUUCGUACAGUGGGCGCAGGAGCAAGAGCAGUUGUGGAAGUACGAGAACAUUGACCUGCCGACCAUGGGUGAACCCGGUGGCGGCUUCAAGCGCCCGGGUCGCACGCUGGAGGCAAAGCUCUUGCUCAACAUGGUCGACGAAGAAAUGGACAUCGAUGGAAGUACGGGCGAUCUUAAGGUUGAGGGCGAGGGUGCGAUUUUGAAGGAGGACCAAGUGCGGGAGAUGUUUGAGAGGCUGGCGAGGAGGGAAAACCAGAAGGGCACGAAGAAGGUUUGGGCAGCCUGUGAGGAGCAAGUCAAGAGGUUGGCGAUGAUGAUGGACUUGGAGAAAUAUGAGCGCCUGGGAACGAGUGUUGCUACCGGCAGGUCUUCACCUGAGGAAUUUCUUAGAACACGUCCCAAGGAGUCGGCGCUUGCCAGGGCCGGCCUGUACGCAGGCGUUUGA